CUGGAGAUCGCUAUGGAAAGGUCCAACCGCUCACUGGGCACCAUCGUGUCACCCGAGGUGACGGUGUUCCCCAAACGCCGAGUGGAGUUGGAGGACCCCAACGUCCUGAUCUGCUACGUGGACAAGUUCUGGCCCUCCGUGAUCUCCAUCUCGUGGCUGAGGAACGGGCAGGAGGUGACGGACGGCGUCCUCGAGACCGUUUUUUACCCACGGGAGGACCCCAGCUUCCGCAAGUUCUCCUACCUGCCCUUCAUCCCCCCCCGCGGGGACUACUACGACUGCCGCGUGGAGCACUGGGGGCUGCCCACCCCCCUCCUGAAGCACUGGGAGCCCCAGCUGCCCCUCCCCGCCUCCGAGAGCACCGAGACCCUGGUCUGCGCCCUGGGCCUGGCCGUGGGAAUCGUGGGCAUCAUCGUGGGCACCAUCCUCAUCAUCAAGGCCAUGAAGAUGAACAGCACUCGCAACCAGCGGGACACCUUGUGAGGGGGCAGAGCCCGGGUGGGCCCUGCCUCCCCAAAGCCAGACCCUCUGCACCCUCAGCCAGCCCUCGCCUCACCCUGGUGGGAUCUGAUCACCCCAGUGCCCCAUAUCCCUGCCCCACCUCCUCGG